UGAAAAUGAACAAUUCGAAUCAGAUGAUACACAAGAAGAUGAUAAUAUAGAUGAUAGUAUGGAUAACAAAGAAAAUAGUGAUUUUACUUUUUAUAUACAAAACCUGAAAAUAUAUCAUGACAGAAGUCAUCCUUAA